AUGGUUCGUGUAUUGCUUGCGCUUCCUUCUAUAAUUCGGCAUACUUUCAACCGUAAAUUUUCUUACCUAUCGUCCUCUCCGACAACCUCCCAGAAUGCUAAACAACGUCCAACUGAAUUUAAAGAUGAAUUUGUCAAGAAGCUUGUAUGCGAAGAGUUGAUAACGAUCCCCGAUUUUAUUACAGAGGAGGAAGAACUGAGUCUCCUCUCUGAAAUCGACCCUGUUCUUACCCGAGCUCGUUAUCAAACUGCUCAUUGGGACGAUGCCAUUCUGGAUUUCCGCGAAACCGAGAGAAAAAGCUGGCGCGCUGUGAAUCGACCUAUAAUUGAUAGAUUGCGUCAAAAGACACUUGAGGUUCUUAUCUCAGAACCACGCCCUGAAGGCGUUCCGAAGGCAUGUAGUUUUGAUGAUCUCCUUCCAAGUAUUCAUGUGCUUGAUCUUGCUCCAACUGGAUGGAUUAAGCCACAUGUGGAUAGCAUUCGGUUCUGCGGUCCCCUGGUUGCUGUUCUAUCUCUUCUCUCAGAUAGUGUUGCCCGAUUCACUGUGGCCCAUGAAAGUGAAGUUGCCCCGGUAACAUCCAAUUUCCCCGCCGCAAAAAUGGAUUUAAAAUUACCUCCCCCUGGUGCAUCUGCAGACGUUUGGGUCCGCCGUCGAAUGCUCUACAUGAUGCGGGGAAUCACGAGGUAUCGUUUAACUCAUGCCAUCCUUCCCAACGAUAGUCCCAACCCGUCUACAAAUGAUGGCAGCCUGGUCCAUCGAGAGAGACGCAUUACUGUUAUGUGCCGACCUCGACCUGAGUGCGUUAUAGAUAAUUCAAGCUCCUCUUAUUCCUAUGGACAACUAUCGUAA